UCGGCCGAAGACUUGGCACAUCCCCUCCAACUACGUCUGAUGCUAAAAGCGUCAAGACUGACAGGGUCGGACAGAUACAAUAGCUAGCUCCCGGUAGCUUCCUGGGUUAGGGUUCCUUCAUCGCAUACGUACGUGCGGCGCGCAGUAAAGCCCGGCAUGCUCGGGUACCGACUACGGUAACUCUAUAACAGUGGCUACACCACGAGAUGUUUCCAAGUUGAUAUCAUUGUAUCCUUCUGUUCACCUCACCUCUGACCUUGACUUCGCUGCUCCAAUCCACGGAAUAAAACUUACCACCCUACCAAGAUAAAUAAUGGCUACAAUAUCCAGCAAGGCGCUGUACGUCAACGAUGACGGCCAUAUCGAGAUUCGAAACGACAUCAAACACGAAGACACUGCGGCCAACGAGAUAGUGGUGGAAGUAAAAUACUCAGGUGUCAACCCGGCAGACGCCAAACAUGCACAACUCGGCAUACGUUCGACAGUCAGUGGCUACGACUUCUGCGGCACUGUUGUAUCGACACCUACCGGAUCGCGGAUCAAGACUGGAAGCGUCGUGGCGGGAUAUACACCCUCGGGCAUUGGCCGAUCUCUGAAGUACGGGGUACACCAAAGACGUCUCGCGUGCCCAGAAGACAUGGCAUUCGAAGUGCCGUCUAAUCUUCCGGAGAGCCAUGCCGCAGCGCUGACUGUAGUGGCAAUGACGGCUGCAGACGCGGUAUUCAAUCUGUUCCAAUUUCCUUUACCUACCGCUCCGACGGCAUACACGCAGCCUGUUCUGGUUUGGGGUGCCUCUUCUGGCGUCGGCUUCAGCGCUGUGCAGUUUCUGCGUGCCAGUGGCUGCAAGAAUAUCCUGGUUACUGCUUCGCCAGCCCGUCAUGAGCUGCUGAAGAGGAUCGGUGCAACGCUGGUUUUCGAUUACGCCUCGCCGACGGUCGUGUCGGACAUCGUCGCUGCGGUGGAGGCUCUUGGUGAGGGCCCGAUCUCUCAUGUCCUGGACGCUGUCGGUACCUCGUCUUCAGCAGACCUGGUCGUGCGAAGCGUGAAUGAUCCUUCGGCUAUUUUGGCUUCUGUAACCAAGUUCGAUGGCGGGUUCCGCAUGCCGGUUGCAUACACAAAAGACGCCUGGCGCAUUCAGCCACCUGGUGUUCCGCAUGUGAUCGACACCCCUGCCAGACCGGAAGACCAUUGGCAUGCUUGGAUAGCAUUGCAGUGGGCCGUGGAGAACUACGGCAGCUGCUUCGAGCUUCCGAAUGUAGAAGUCUUCCAAGGCGCCGCUGAAGACGCAUUGCAGGAGGUUAUCAAAGUCGGCGGUUUCGGAAGAGGGUUUGGAAAAUUAGUCAUCCAACAGCCCUUGCAGUGAGUUGAGUUGUUGGCGUCGUGGAGAGGAUUGAUAUUUCUUGCAAGGUACCGUUGGCGGUAAUAUGACAGAAGAAAGCGGACGAUGAUGUAGAGAGGCUUUUCGAACUUAUUACAGUCUGCUCCAUCUGGCACCGUUGUAGUUGAAGUCUCUUAUGGAACAGACGUGGAUGCUGUGUG